AUGGUGAAGAUUUGUUGUAUUGGAGCUGGGUAUGUUGGUGGACCGACAAUGGCAGUGAUUGCACUGAAAUGUCCAGACAUUGAAGUAGCUGUUGUGGAUAUCUCCGUGCCGCGUAUCAACGCUUGGAACAGUGACCAGCUUCCGAUUUACGAGCCUGGUCUCGACGAUGUUGUGAAGCAAUGCCGUGGCAAGAACCUCUUCUUCAGCACUGAUGUUGAGAAACAUGUCAGGGAAGCUGAUAUUGUGUUUGUUUCUGUUAAC